GCUAUCUAUUGAACACCACUCCAUGCAGCAUGGACGUAAAAGGGAGUAGAGCACGCCUGCAUUUAUCCUCGUUCCGACACUUCUUCAUUCCGGUGUGGAUAUCCACGUGGAGCUAUGGACACAACACGGCGUCUCGCGAGUGAGGCACCGCCUCGAAAGAAACGAAAAACCCGCGGUCGCGGGCUCCGUAAAUCCACAGGAUGUAUUACCUGUAAACGACGUCACUUGAAGUGCGAUGAAGCUACCCCAGACUGUGGACCUUGCUCAAAAAGCCGACAAGUCUGUCUAUAUGCAGCCUCUACUCAGAUGCAAGGCUCCCUUCAAACGGGACAAGAUAGUGCAGAUGCAGAUGCUCACAGACCCUCUACAUCGCAAUGGCAUUCCACAUACCCGGAUCCUGAUCGUGAGCAAGCUGCAAGUGGUUUGCUGCGAUUGACCGCCGAGGCUGCAGCUGCCUCAUCAUCAUUGCCUGUAGAUGCAAUAUCCCCACCGACCGACACGCCGUACUUAGAAUCCUCUGUUCAAGAGCAGUUUGAAGCAGAUACGGAAAUAGCACUCACUCCCCCUGAUGCUGCUUUCUAUAGAUGGUUUAACCUGCUCGCUAGUGAUCUCACUUCAGAAAAGGCAGGUGGAACACGCCUUUGGACAUCUUUGACAGGUGUACCAGAGACAAGUGCGCCAGAGACGAGCGCAGUAGAUACAAUCGAUAGUUUACAUUUACCGGUAUCUUCACAUCAAACAUCUACAGAUAGUCUCUUAGUUCAGGAUGUUUCUCUCCUGGCAUCCCCCGCCCCGAAUGUGUCCGCGUCUUUCUCAUCAAGACCACCGUAUACCAAACCCCCAGAUCAAGAUGCAUGGCAAGGGUCCGAACCAGCAAAGUUAUCAGAUCAGGAACAUGACCUUUUCGAAAAUUUCGUGACUAAACUAAGUGCUUGGAUCGAUCUUUAUGACCCAACAAGGGGUUUUGCUAUUUUAGUACCACACCUAGCAAUGCAUGACGCCGGCUUAAUGAAUGCCAUCUUGGCACUAUCGGCGCGGCAACUAUCAAUAAAUAUCAAUGCCACAGAGGAGCAACGAGACCGCAAUAUUGGGUUGCAAUACUACUACGAGACCCUCCAUUACGUACAGCAAGCUAUGCAUUACGAUUCUUACACCGUUAGCCGUGAGCUCUUAGCAACAGCACUUAUAAUUUCUACAUAUGAAAUGCUAGAUGACUUUCGAAGUGGCUGGGAGCGACAUUUGAAGGGUGUCUUCUGGAUUCAAAGAAGUCAAGUCAUCCACGGAGAUUCAGGAGGGCUACAACAAGCCAUAUGGUGGGCGUGGCUGCGCCAGGAUAUAUGGGCAGCCUUCCGCGAGCGUCGCAAGACCCUGAGUUUCUGGACUCCGGCAAAGCCCUAUACUGCUAUGACUUCUUAUGAAGUGGCUACUCGGAUUUUAUGGAUAUUCGCAAAGGUUGUCGACUAUUGCUCGGAAGAAGCAAUCCAAGCUGGCGAAGGAAAUCUGCAAUUGAGAAUAGACAAGGCAGGAAGCAUAUUUGAAAUGCUAGAUGAGUGGCAGAAUAAUCUCUCGGUUGAGUUUGCCCCUUUAGCUGGAAGGAAGGGCAACCCAUCUGAUGUUUUUGAACCGAUCUGGAUACAUCCGCCAGCGUUCGGCAAUUCUAUCCAGGUCCAUUGUGCUGGUCGUAUUCUUAUCCUCCUCCAUAAACCUUCUCUUAAAGGUAUGCGGGAAUACAUGGCAAAUCAGAAGCUAUUAGCAAAGGCCGCCGAGACUGUCUGUGGGAUUGCCAUGACUUUGACUGAUGCUGCCUCGAGCCUGGUGUCGUCUCAAUGCUUGUACAUUGCUGGAUUAUGUAUUCAAGACUCUCGGCAGAGGGAGGCUGUCAUAUCUCUCAUUGAUGCCUGCCACCGAAGGACGGGUUGGCCGACUCGGUCUCUAAGUCAUGAUCUCAGAGAAGAAUGGCAGCAGUCAGAUGUCGAGUGAUUUAACCUCUUCUGGACACUAAAGGUUUACAGUAUGUACGCUUAUGAAUUAUGAGUUACGAAUUGUAAAGAUGGGCAUAAUCUAUAGCUUAUGAUGUAUAACAAAUAUGAUUUAUCUGGAU